CGUUGCUGUUUGAAAAAAGGUGCAAAGAAACUAGAGAUUUAGAAAUGUCUGGCAGCCAGCCAGACCUUAAUGGCAGUUUAUAAAGCAAUCGGAUGAAAUAACAUUAACAUGCUAAUUGCUAAUCUCUAGCUGGAGCUGGAGGAGAAUUGCGAGAUUUUUCUUUGGCCACCUAUGCAAACUCAUGAAGGCACGGGAUAGGGGUGCAGCUAUUAUGGAACACGAGACAUUUAAAAUAAACAUUUUAUUUUACAAAUCAGGGCACUGUCAGAUACCACAGAGUCCAGAAACAUUUAGCACGACGGUGCAGAAGAUCUGCUGCCACUGCAAAUGAGCUUGUGCCGGAGUUUCAGCUGAAGGGAACCAAGUCACAUGUUUUUAUGUACAGUAUCUGCCCAGUCUCAGCAAUCUGCCUUGUUGCUGCCUGUAGGAGAUCAGUGCUGCUCCUAUCCACAAGACUCUGUGUGACAGAAGGAACUUUGCUGCUCAACGCAAAGUAGCAUUCAUGGGAUCACAAUGAGGAUCUGAUACAAUGGAUUGCCAGGAAGAACUGCCGGGGGCAAAGACCUGCAUUUAAGGGAGCUGGCUCAUGUGGAAAGAUUGCGCUUUUAAUGAAUCUCUAAGGGUAUGAAAUUGAGUUGGAACAGAGACGUGACGGACAAUAGUCAGAUUUCGUUUUCUUUUUCUCUCACCCAUGGAACCCAUCAUAUGACAGGCUAGAUUUCGUUUUGUUAUUUGCUCAUCAUUUACAACAAUCAUUGCCUGCUUCUACACCUGCCUGGAAUGAAUUUAGGAUACAGGUUACUGGACAAGUUGCUGCAAGUGGAACUGAGGACGCACGGAUCUAUGGAAGGACCCACAGCUAAAGGGGUGACAGCUAGGGGUUCUUGGCUACCACGCUGAGAAGGGAACCCUAACAAUGAUCAUGUAUGGUGAUUUGCUUUUAAACUCAAGCAGUGCCACCGAAGCAGAGCUGAUGAUUCAGACGAAUACUCCUUACCUCAGCAGCACACACAGACCCGUCAGCUCCUCUGCACUCUACUUGUCUACAGCCAGGGUGCUGAAGGAGGGGGAGAUAAACAAACCUGACCUUAUGACUUACAUUAUCCUCUUUGUUCUCCUCUUCUUGACUGUGGCAUUAAUUGUGCUCUUCAUAAACUGCCAACUGAGGAAUUCGUUCUUCGCCGGGCUGCCCUAUGAUAGAUCCCUGAGAGAAUCCAGAAGCCCUUGGAAAACACAAUCUGUCUGAACCCAAUACACUGACUUCUGUAACAAAGGCAGCUGAAAGGUUUCUUCUGAAGUAUGUUUAUGGCAAAAAUGGGAAAGAAAUAGCUAGCCGGGCUCAUGUUUGUGUAGUGUGCCAUGUACAGUCUGUGUACUACACAGCCGUGGAAUUACAGUGGAUGGAUGGAAACCAAAGGAUGUCCUGUAUAAUCUCUAACCAUGGAAUGAUAGCAGGUGAAUUUAUGCGGAAUGGGUGCUACAAUAAGUUUAAGUAGGAAUAAAAGGAUAUAUCCAUAUCUAAAGGAUCUAAGAGAAAGAAUAGUUUUUACCUAGUUCACCUAAUCUGUUAGAAAUGUAUUUAAUAUGCUUCCAAAAAGUCCUUUUCCAUGUACAGGAUGAUGUUGAAAUGUACCUUAUAAACUCCAGGAGGGGAGAUUAAAAAUGUGGGUGUUGCUCAUUGGAUGUGCCCCUUUUUCAUCCUGAUUGCUAACAUAAAACAUUGUUUUUAUUCAGAAUGAAAUACUGUUGCUUGAUUUAGGGGAAGAGAGGGGAUUAUAUUUACCAAUCUCAGUUUAAAUCUUCUAGGAAAGUGGGUUCAGUUUACCAAGAACAUCAUCCAAAGCCAUUAGAAUCAAUUGACUAAGAGCAAUCCUGUAAGACUAUACGGCUGUGAAGAAGACAGGCUGUGUUCUGGGGUUCUCCCUUUGUUACUGCUUGCCUUCAUUCCACCUCCUCUUGUAACUGUGUCAGGAUGCAAUAAAAUCUGCAAAUAAAACCAGA